ACAAACAAACGUAAUUUCAAACGUUGCUGAUCGGAGCUGAGACGCCAUUACUGGGUGUUAGAUCUCUGCUGAUAAACAUCGAGUUAUUUGGAUGAUUUUAAGAAGAAGCAGCUGAAACGUUUGGUGAGUUUUGCUGAUGAAAUAAUUCAUUACAAAAUGGCGGAGAAAAUCGCUCUUUUUGAAAGUUAUCUGAGCUGCCAUGUGUGUUCAGAGACUUUCAGAGAUCCUGUGUCUCUGAGCUGCAACCACAGCUUCUGUUCAAGCUGCCUGCAGAAAUUCUGGGAACAAACUGAAAACAAAAACUGUCCCAUUUGUAAAAGAAGAUCUUCUAAAGAAUUUCCACCUGUUAAUUUCACACUGAAGGAACUGGGUGAUUAUUUUACUGGAAGACAGAAAUCUGGAUCAUCUGAGACAGAAAAAGGAGAAGAGAAGCUGAUGUUGGUCUGCAGUAAACACCAAGAAGACCCUAAACUGUUCUGUAAAGAUGAACAGAGAGCUGUGUGUCCUGCCUGUGAGUUUUCUCUCCACCAGAGUCACAAAGUGGUUCCUAUAGAACAAGCAGUCAGUGAGCUGAAGGAGCAGCUGAAAUCUGACUUAAAGUCUCUGCAGGACAAGAGGAACAAACACAAACAGGUGGAGAAAACAUAUGAUGAUGUGAUUCAACACUCCAAGAAGCAGGUGUUGUCCACAGCCAGACAGAUCAGAGCAGAGUUCAACAAGCUCCACCAGUUCCUGAAAGAGGAAGAGGAGUCCAGACUGGCAGCUCUGAGGGAGGAAGAGGAGCAGAAGGGGAAGACUAUCAUCAGAGAGAUGAAGAGGAUUGAGGAGCAGAUCUCCUCUCUGUCAGACAGCAUCUCUGCUGUUGAAGAAGACCUACAGAAAGACAACGUGUCGUUCCUCAGCAGUUAUAAAGCCACUCAGAGCAGAACCAGAGCCCAGAACUCACUGUCAGAUCCACAGCUGGUCUCAGGAGCUCUGAUAGAUGUGGCCAAACACCUGGGCAACCUGUCCUUCAGAGUCUGGGAGAAGAUGAAGGAGAAGGUCCACUUCAGUCCUGUCAUUCUGGACCCAAACACUGCAAACAGAUGGCUCCAUCUGUCUGAUGAUCUGACCAGUGUGAGACAUGGAGACACAAAGCAGCAGCUUCCUGAUAAUCCAGAGAGAAACACUAAGUACUCCACUGUUCUUGGAUCUGAGGGCUUCAGCUCAGGGAAACACAGCUGGGAGGUGGAGGUUGGAGAUCAUCCUGUCUGGCUUGUGGGUUUGGUUAAAGAGUCUGUUGACAAGAAGGGAGAGAUAUUUGCUUCACCAAAAUAUGGAAUCUGGUGUUUGCUGCAUAGUGAAGGAAAAUACACUAAUGGUUGUAGUAAAACUCUCACAGUGAAGAAGAGUCUCCAGAGGAUCAGAGUCCAGCUGGAUUAUGAUGGGGGGGAGGUGACCUUCUACGAUCCUGAAGACAUGAGUCACAUCUACACUCAUAGAAACACUUUCACUGAGAAACUCUUCCCAUAUUUCAGUGUUGGAAAAGCUGCUGAUGCUAAAACUUCUGAUCUCAAAAUCUAUCAAACUAAGAUUUCUUUUUAAAGUUCAAAGUUGUUUUAAUUCUCUGAAUUAUUUUGCAUUAUUAGAAGAAUGUUUCUAUUUGCAGUCAGGCCAGCCUUCUAUUUAAAUCCUUAAUGAACAUCUUUAAUCAUUUUCAAGGUUUUAAAUCUUUUAUUUGAAAUUAACAAUAGAAAUUGAUCACUGAAAAUUAAAUAGAAAAUCAACACAUCUUCAUAUUAUUUAACAAGUCUGUUUUGAAACCAGAAUAAAAAGAUUCCUUUAUGAAUGUUUUUACUUCAAUUUCUAACUUUUUUUAUGUAAUUUGAAAAUGUAGAAAAUUUAAGUCAAUAUUUCAUCAUCUGUCUUUAUCCAAUAAUCUCUCACCAUCAUUGGACAUUUCUUCACAUUCUAAUUAAUUUAAACAAGGAUGAUUAUUUUUAGUUUAUUUCUAACUCUGUUUUAUAAAAACUGUUAACAGAAGUUCAGAAAGGACACAAAGAGCUUAGAUUUCUUAACUGGGUUUUCUUGUCAGUCUUGUUUUUUAUUGUUGUAAUGAUUCACUUUAGCAGGAAACCUCUGAAAAUAAAUAUUAAGGUCCAGUUAUCUCUCUGACUGGUUCUGCUCACUGA